CGUUGACUAAAAGGUCGGGGGUGGAGGAGCAGUGCGGGUCUGUGGCUGGGUUUUUUUCCCGACUGCGUGCAGGAAGAAAGGAGAAACCUCGCUCCUGUUAUCGGGACGUGGUUUUGCCUUCAGUUGCCGAGGUUUUUCCACGUUUUGCUUCAGCGUUUAGUUUGUGUUUCUCUCGCCGUGGUUUGGGUUUGAGGAGCAUAAAUAACGGGAGAACGCUACUGUGACUUUCUGUCGGGGGGGACAAGUGGCCGCCGGUGCCAGCGGGGCAGAGAGGAGAGGAGAGGAGAGAGGAGCUGCUGUGGGACAGCGGCUCAUCCCUGCAGCUGCCCACGGACACCGAGCUGCUUCUGAAUGUUGCUUCAAAUUUAACAACAAAAACAAACAAACAGCGCCAAGAUGGACGUGAAGCUGCUCUUGGUAUCCACGUUGCUAGGAGUCAUCUGUUUUAGCAUCGCUCAGAAAGAGGGGAACGAGUGCAUCAAUGCCAACGCCAAAUUCUGCGGGGAAUGUAUCCAGGCUGGAGCCAAAUGUGGCUGGUGUAAAGACCCAGAUUUCCUCAAACAAGGUGAGACGGUGUCGACCCGUUGCGACGAGCUGCAGUCUCUGUUGAAAAGGGGCUGCGAUGAGGCCAUGAUUGAGAACCCGCAUGGGAUUAAGAAGAUCCUCAAGAACAAAGCAGUGACAAAUCGCAGAAACAGAGCAGAGAAACUGAAGCCAGAAGACAUCACUCAGAUUCAGCCCCAGAAACUCAAUCUGACCCUGCGAUCUGGUCAGCCCCAGACGUUUGACUUGAAGUUCAAGAGAGCCGAGGAUUAUCCCAUCGAUCUGUACUACCUGAUGGACCUGUCCUACUCCAUGAAGGAUGAUCUGGAGAACGUCAAGAACCUGGGAACCAGUUUGAUGCUGGAGAUGUCAAAGAUCACCUCAGACUUCAGGAUAGGUUUUGGAUCUUUCGUGGAGAAAACGGUCAUGCCGUAUAUCAGCACGACGCCCGCCAAGAUGCGUAACCCAUGUACAGGCGACCAGACCUGUACUAGCCCCUUUAGCUACAAGAAUGUUCUGACCCUGACCAGCGAUGGCAAGAAGUUUAACACCUUGGUGGGUCAGCAGCACAUCUCUGGAAACCUGGACUCUCCUGAGGGCGGCUUUGAUGCCAUCAUGCAAGUGGCUGUGUGUGGGGAUCUCAUUGGUUGGAGAAAAGAGUCGUCUCGUCUGCUUGUCUUCUCCACUGAUGCUGGAUUUCAUUUCGCUGGAGACGGCAAGCUGGGUGGCAUCGUGCUGCCGAACGAUGGAAAAUGUCACCUGGAGAAUGGUGUUUAUACAAUGAGUCACUAUUACGACUAUCCCUCCAUCGCUCACCUGGUUCAGAAGCUGAGUGACAACAACAUUCAAACAAUCUUCGCAGUCACAGAGGAGUUCCAGCCUGUUUAUCAAGAACUGAAAAAUCUAAUUCCCAAGUCUGCAGUGGGAACCCUGUCUGCCAACUCCAGCAACGUGAUCAACCUUAUCAUCGAUGCUUACAAUUCUCUGUCAUCUGAGGUUAUUCUGGAAAACAGCAAACUCCCAGAGGGAGUGACCUUAGCUUACACGUCUCGCUGUAAGAAUGGAUUGGUUAGCGAAGGAGAGAAUGGCCGCAAGUGCUCAGACAUCUCCAUCGGAGACGAGGUCACAUUCAGCAUCAGUGUGACUUCUAAGGGCUGUCCAAAAGAUGGCAAGCCCGAAACCAUUAAGAUAAAGCCUCUGGGCUUCACAGAAGAAGUGGAGAUUACGCUGCACUUCAUCUGUCAAUGUGAAUGCCACAAGGGAGGAAUUAAGAACAGUCCACUCUGCCAUUUUGGCAAUGGAACAUAUGAAUGUGGAUCCUGCAAGUGCAAUGAAGGACGUGUAGGCAGGCAGUGUGAAUGCAGCAGCAACGAUGUGGCCAACGAGGACAUGGACCGGACCUGCCGCAAAGACAACGGCACUGACAUCUGCAGCAACAAUGGAGACUGUGUGUGCGGCACGUGCGAGUGCAAGAAGAGAGACAACCCCGAGGAGAGGUACAGCGGUCAGUUCUGCGAGUGCGACAAUUUCAACUGUGACCGCUCCGGAAACAAGCUGUGUGGAGGACACGGACGGUGCGACUGCCGAUCGUGCGUUUGCGACCCCAUGUGGACCGGAAGUGCCUGCGACUGCUCACUGGACGACAGCACGUGUAUGGCCAGCAACAAGCAGAUCUGUAACGGCAGGGGGACGUGUGAAUGUGGCACCUGUAAGUGCACUGACCCCAAAUUCCAGGGUCCCACCUGUGAAACCUGCCCCACCUGCCCAGGAGUCUGUACUGAGCACAAGGAGUGUGUCCAGUGUCGUGCCUUUGGCACCGGUGAGAAGAAGGACACGUGCGAGCGAGACUGCAGCUACUUCAACCUGAUCAAAGUCAAGGACAGAGACAAGCUGCCUCAACCCAACGACGCCUCUUAUCCCGUGAUGCACUGCAAGGAGAGGGAUGCCAACGACUGCUGGUUCUACUACACCUACGCUGUCAACAACAACACAGAGAAGGAGGUGCACGUGGUCGACACACUGGACUGCCCUGCCGGUCCUGACAUCAUCCCCAUCGUAGCUGGUGUAGUUGCUGGCAUCGUUCUGAUCGGCUUAGCUCUGCUGCUCAUCUGGAAGCUGCUGAUGAUCAUUCAUGACAGGAGGGAGUUUGCCAAAUUUGAGAAGGAGAAGAUGAAUGCCAAGUGGGAUACGCAAGAAAAUCCCAUAUACAAGAGUCCUAUCAAUCAGUUCCAGAACCCAAGCUAUGGAAGCAAAGCUGCUACUGCUCUUUGAGGUGAAAACCCCAUCUACAAAAGCGCUGUCACGACUGUGGUCAACCCCAAAUAUGAAGGAAAAUGAUGGCAUUAUACAGUUUUCAAUGAACUCUGCUAUGAAGUAUUUGAUACAGUAUCUGAAGUAUUCACUUUCUUAGUCAUCGGAGAGGAACGUUUGGUUGGAGUUCACGUUAGUUCUUUCUGUCGUCCUAUCAGUUUAACGCAUCGUUCAGCCACUGCAUCUGUAUUUUUACUAACACCUAUGUUUUAUCUGCAUUUGUUUGUAUCUUGGAUGUACAGUAUACUGUGUGUGUAUAUACUUUUAAAUUGCAUAUCUGGAAAAAAGUGGAUGAAAUAAGGAGUGGGGAGGUUCUGCCACAGGACUGGUAUGAACAGAAGUUUAAAAAAACAAAAACAGUGACGACAAUACCAAACAAUUUUACAGUUCCUGUCAGUUAGCCUGUGUUUGUGUCUCCACUCAUCUCUGUGCACUGAUGCCCUGUGAGUCUCCGUGUGUACCGGACACAAGCUGAAGAGUGUGAUGUGUAAACCUUUAAUCGGUGCAGCACAUUACCAGUGUGCGCGUGUGUGUGUAUAUAUAGAAAACAACAUCUAGGAUAAAUGUUGAAAGAUAUUUAGCACCAAACUCAAAUCAGACAGUGUCAGAAAAACACAUUUGUAUAUGAAAUUUCAAACCACAGAUGAGGAAUAAGUUGCGUGUAAACGUUUGUGGUAUUAGUGUCAGUUCGUGAUAUUUGUAUUGUUGAAAUCUCUCUCUCAAAGGGACUGUACACUGUACACCACUCUUUGAAAUGAAAUGGUUGGCGAUGUGAACAAUCAAUGGGUUUGUAAAGUCAUGCAGGUUGCAAUCACAACACAAUUCUUUUUUUUCACUAUUUGCUAAUUAUUUAGUCACACUUGUGUCCUCUCUUGUGGUUACUAUCAUUUAUACCAAAAACCUUUUAAUGUCCCCAUGUACCACAAUUCAAUGUAUGUGCGUGAGGUUAUCUGUUUUUUGUUUGUUUGUUUGUAUGCAGACUACAUAGUAUUAUCACAGCAUGUGUUCACACAUCAACACAAUCAGCUCUAAAUGCUUUCACACAAAAAUGCCUUUAAAAUACUACACAUACACACCUUUAUAGUAUUGAUUUCAAAGUGCCUUUUUUCAAUACACAUUUUCUCCCUGUUCUGUUUAUGACUUAUUUAUUAAAUAAAAAACACGAAAGCUU